AUGGCGGGAUACAAUGCAACGAUCACUGGUAUCGUGAAACUGGGCCCAGGACAGAUUAGCUGUGGUGAUUGGAGUGCCACUGGCAAUUGCCUUACAAUCAACGGUAUACUUAACUCUAACUCGAGCAGCACUUUGGCAUUCGUUAGGCCCAACCAGUUUAAUGCUGCCAUUGUCGUCGAUGGAAUCCCAGGGAUAUUGGGCUCAUCAAUUAUAAUGGACUUCCGACCAUAUAUACCAGUGGCCAAUGUCCAAUAUCAACUCGUAUCAAGCAUCAACUACAACAACAUCAAUUACCUGGCCAACCGUAUCGCGGACAAUAUAAUCUACUCAAAGACGACUGACACACCAACAUACAAGAUCUCUGUUGUUGGCAAGCAAAUGUUCAUUCAGUUUGGCAAGUCAUGUGUCAGCCCAACAGUCUGCGACGGACAUGCCAUCUGCAAUAACGGCAUGUGUCAAUGUGAUACCUACUAUCAAGACCCAGGUUGCAGUGUCCUUGGCUGUCUAAAGAACUGCAGUGGACAUGGAGAGUGUAUCGUGCCUGGUCCAGCUGGCAUUUGUCAAUGUCAAUCUGACUAUGUUGGCUCGUACUGUGAGAGACCAUCAUCAUUCUGCACAACACUCACUUCUUCAGACGCCUGUGCAGCAGUCCGCGGUUGUCACUGGUGUACUUCGAUCAACACAUGUCAACGUCCUUCUGCGACAUGCGGUGCUCCUACAUCCACGAGUACCACUACCGCCUCUACUACUGCUACUACUGCCACGACCACUGCUACGACCACUGCAUCAAUCACUACUACCACUGGCAAUCAUCCAAGCACAGCAUCAACAACCACAACACCGACCAUUGUUGUUAUAUUUCGUAUUGGUCGCUGUCUCCUUUAA